CCCCCCCCCCCCCCCCCCCCUCCUUCGUCCGACUGCUCUCGCGUUUGUUUUGGGUCGUCAUCACACAAGCGGACCUCCGUUCUAUCCUUGCUGCUACGCGUCAUGCCAUGCUUCAAGGGUCUCGCCGUGAGUAUACACACUCCGGAUGGCCCGAUUUCCGAGUAUUCGAUCCAACGCCAGUCCCGGGCCUCUCGCAUAGCGUGCUUCAUUCCCGUGCCACCUCCCAAACUCCCUGACUCCGCCACCGGCAAACCCGAACAAUCGACCUUUGCCAUUUCGAUCACGCUCCUGAAUCCCGGCCAAGAUGUGCCCUACUCCUGCCCGAGGCCGACGCUCGAUAACCCCACGCCCAAACCCAAGAUUGUCGGAGGGCUGCCAGGCCAAACGGAAGAGCGGGGACAAUACACCAGCAUGGUUGCUCCGUACCAGGCGCUGACCAACUCGCCCAACGAGACGGUCGCCGCCUACAUCUACUUCGACGGACGGCAAAAGGAGGAGGUGGCCACGCUCCUCCGACGGGGGGAGGAGACAUGGGUCAACUCUCGAUGGGUUAGCGUUCCCGACUCGGAGGGAGGUGGUCUGGCCGAGCGAGAAUUCCUCUUCCGCGAAGUCGGACUGGAGAGGUGGCUCAAGGGGCUGGAUCUGCAGGGCAAAGACGCGGCCGCCAAAAUCGAGAGGCGACGACAGAAGAUAGAGAAGCGCCGCUUGAAGCGACUGGCAGACCUGAACGGCGACCUAGAAAUGGAUUCCAAACGUGACAAGGGGAUCAUGCGGUAUGGCAACGACGCCAAAUCCCCGCUCGAGGACGUCUCCGACGAGGACAUGUCCUUCUCCGAUUCCGACGACGACCCGAUUCCUGAGUCCGCGGGUCAGAUUAAGGUCGCCUUGUUCCGUGUUUUGGCCUCCGGGGAGAUCAAACGCGGGGAAUACUCGCCGCAGUUCGACGCCCAUGACGAUGACGACGAAGGCCAAGGUGGACAGGGCAGUAACGGCGGGGCCGACGCGGACAUUGAUCAUACUACGAGCUUUGCCAAACCCAAGUCGCUGGAUCCAAAAUCGAUCAGCACGCAGACAGUGACGGGAAUUGACCCCUCGGACAAGCCCUAUGCCAUUUUCACCUUCAUGUAUCGAGGCGAACGACAACUACAGAAAAUGAAGAUAAUGAAGGACCCCAAAGCUCAGGAGACACCCGGUUCAACAAAACGCAGGUCUCUCCAGCCGGACUUUGCAAACCUCGGCCCGCUGAAGCCAGGGGGGACAGUCGGUUUCUUGAACUUCCGAGACAGCACCGAGAAUAAAGGCGCAAAGGGCAAGAAAGGCGCUGGCGAUGAUGAGAUGGACAGUGACGAUGAAGACGACGAUUCUAUUCUCGGUAAAGCCGACGACGAAGAAGCCAAGGACCAGGACCGACCGCUGUCCCCUGACGACCUCAGGCGCCAGGGUGAACUUGCCGAAGGGGUUCGUCAGAUUAAGUUGAAACGCCAGCACUCAUCGGCGUCGCUCGGAGUCAAUACCCCGAAGAGCGACGCAGCCAGCCCCCAGCCAGCUGGAGAAACACCAUCCAACGUCUCGACCACGCCCCCAGCGGCUGCGGCAGCCCCAGCCCCGGGUGCGACCCUCGAGGCGCCUAAGCCUACGCCCAACACUUUGGAGGGCGGGUUCGUCGGCAGCCCGUUGAAGAAGCAGCGAGCCAGUGUCUCUCAAGCCGACGAGCACGCGAUGCGCCGACGCAUCGAGUCGGGGCUCUCUCAGCAGGUCAGCGGGGCUCUCGACAGUGCUGGAACCGAAAAUCCGCCUGCCCCCGGCACCGAUGCCAAAGCAUUCGGAGAGAGUCUGCAGCCACCUCCCCCGACGAAGCAGCCGGACGAGGACGAGGAGCUGUGAACGAGCGCCCGUGGAAUCCCCUCUUUUCUGGAAACCCAUAAAACCCCUUCUUUUUGACGAUUUUGACGGACUGGCGUAUUUGGAUCAGUCGACUUCUUAUUUUUCUUUUUUUCUAUGAUUUUUUGGGGAAGGAAUUUACUGGAACUGGCUCCGGUCGAUAUGCAGUGGUCGGCAAGAUCUUUUGGAGGCAUUUACUUAGAGAUUUCCUUCUUUUCGAGCAUUUUAUUCUAUCUAUAUCUCCAGUGUGUCCGGGGUCUCAGCGAGAGAAUUAAUUGGUAUAGAAUCAAUGAAGUUACGCAAGUUGCC